GGGGCUAGGGACGAUGCAUGGGCUGCGACUAGGAGGCACUUGGGAGGCAGGGAGGGCAUGCGAGCGGAGCACAGUUCAGUAGUCGCCAUUGCAAGUCCCCCCGUGCUCUCGUAUUCGUGACACUCGUACGCGUGGAGCCGAUUUUCCGCUAACCUAAUCUCCCCGCGAGGGCCCUAAGUGUGCCCCCCCGAUGCAGAGAUAUUGCACCGAGCUCACCGAAAGAUUGUUGAAAUCUCUUGACAAGGAAUACAAUGUCGUCGAUAUGGGAGCUGUUGUGGAUGUCAUUACGGCCCUGGAAAAGACGGCGAUCACUAAGGAAUUGCUUGAGCUUACAAGACUUGGAAAACACAUUAAUGAACUUCGACGAAAGACAAAUAACGAAGCAUUGGCCAAGCGUGCAAAGGAUUUGGUACGGCGAUGGCGAGACAUGGUUUUACCAUCCGCUAACUCUACCCCACAACCAACCCCAGCCGAUACGGCACCACCUACUCUCAAUGGCGCAAAACCACACAGUCCUGCACUAAGAUGUUUGAAGCCGCAAAGUCCAGCAUUAAGAGGGCUGAAACCUCAGAGUCCAUUGUUGAGGGAUACUAUACCUCUUAGAGUGCUUAGCCCAGCUUUAUCUGUGCAUAGUGAACAUUCACAUUCUCCUAACGCAUCAUCAAACAAGCAGUCAAUUACAGUGACCAGCAACCACAAAACAAGUUCCGAUGUGACCUCUAUGCUUGGCUCAUCGAGCCAAAAUCAUGCAACGGAAGCAGUGCCACGAACUCACAGUUCCAACAAACGCCUUCGAAAAGAUGAUUUAAAUGACCAGCAUCAUGAUUCAGACUCAGUUACUGAAAGUGAACCGUUUAAAAAGCAACGUCUCAACGGCGAAAAUAUAAGUGGUAAUUUAAAUUUGCAAGUGCCUAGCCCGACAUUUAAAGAACGAAUCUCUGAUCAUUUCGUGGAGUCCUCCACCGAUCCGGACGAUUCAGGUCCAAAGAAACGUGGUCGAAAGAAAGGCAGCAAGUCUAUGAAGAAGCAGCCGAUAUUAGAAGACCGUGUGAAAGAAAAACUAGCUAGUAUCUCGAGGAAUCCGAAAUUAAAGACAACACAAGAACUGCUGGCUGAUCUGCGGGCACGCGGUACGAAUUCUAGCGUUAAUUCAAGUACUCUACCUAGUCAAAACGAAGAAUCGCCCAGCAUGGAAGAUAUUUUGAGAGGCAGCAACGAACAAGUAUCCAAGUUCCUUCGUUGUACGCCGAACAAUUCGUCGCAUAGAAAUACAGUUUCAGAAAGCUUGCCGGAGAAUAGGUUAAAACCUACAGAGAACUGUCAUGACGUUUCAUCGAAGUGUCAGGAAUCGGGUGUAGUGUAUAAAGAAAAAUCCGUUACGAAUUGUCAAAAAACACAAUUGGAACAGUCACGGGAACUAACAGUGGAGGAAAUACUAGCCAAGUUACCACCUAUAGAUCCAAGUACGAUCGAUUGGGGUGAAAGUGAAACAGAAUUGACCGAUGAUCAGAACAAUACUGAGUACCCACCUAGGCAAAUUUCAGAGGACGACAUAAAAAGGUUACACACCGAGUGUGUAGGAGGACUAAAUGGAAACUUCCAACCAAAAUUAUCAUCUUUAACUUCUACCUGUAACGAGAGACAAGAAGUAAAGGAGGGAACGUCUGAGAUCAAUGGUGUAAAGAAUGUGUAUAGCCGACCCGACGAAGAAUUUCGAGAAUGGCAUCAGAUGCUAACAAGGCCCAGUUACAAUGGCCAACUCCUUCACAUAUUGCCUUAUGUUAUUAUUGAUUAGUAAUUUUAUUAUCCUAUUCUAUUAUUAUUCCCAAACUUGUGAAGAAUCCCUACGAAAUAUUAAAGAGAUUGAUCGAUGAUCACUCUAUUAAACCAAUUUUUGUAUUGCAA